CGCUUCCGUGUCGUUAGCAUCGCUAGUAAGGGUGGAAAGACCUUUAUUGUAAAUGGGCACUGCCAGUCAAAGUCUUUAACUCUAUGUUCAGAAGCUAUUGAUUGGGAAGAGCGUAAACUCGGCCCAGCUUCCGGUUGGUCAUUUUGAAUUCUCAUUGGCCGCUUUGCAGCAGGGCGUAGCCAGAAGGAAAGACAAAAAGAAGACACCAGGAUGGUUGAAAAUUCACCAGCCCCACUGCCCGAAAGAGCUAUAUAUGGCUUUGUUCUUUACUUAGGCUCCCAGUUUGUGUUUAUUUUGUAUCUUGUGUGGGCCUACAUACCUGAAUCCUGGCUGUUUUCACUGGGGUUAACAUACUGGCCCCAAAAGUUCUGGGCAGUUGGUUUGCCUGUAUACCUUUUAGUUAGUUUGGCAAUAGGCUAUGUGCUCCUCUUUGGUGUUAACAUGAUCAGUACUGCUCCACUGAAUUCCACACACACCAUUACAGAUCAUUAUGCAAAGAACCAGAAACUGAAGAAACCACAAGAUGAAGCUAUCCCUACAUUAAGAGAUAUUCCUAUUAGUGAAGUAAACAAAAUGUUUUUCUUGAGUGGCACAGAGGAGUGUCCUAGAAAUGGAUGAAAGAGAAUGCAUUUUAUGACCUAUUCAUGUGGAAAAGAAUUUUAUAAUCCUGAAUUGAAACAUUGAGGAAGAAAUGCUAGAAUGCUUUAAUUCAAUGAGUGUAUAUGAAAGUGGUUCUAAUAAGGCUGCAAUACUCACUAUGCAUUUUUUGUCAGUUGAGAUGCCAGCUGACAAAUGGUCUCAAUCCAUGCUGCCCCUUCCCUAAUAUACACUUUUAAGUAUUCUAUUAAUGAUUUUCAUCUAGAUUGCUAAAUAUAAGAACCCCCUUAAUUGGUUGUCAUAGUAACACAUUAAAAAUUCAUUCAGAUUAAAAUAGAGUGGUACAAGGAGCAGUAAGAUGGAGCACCAUGAUUAAUUUAAUUUAUGUCAUCUGUAAAUUUAAUUAAUGCAUGUCAUCUGCAAACGCCAAGAGAGCCUGGAUUUACAGAUGACAUAUUCUAAGCUACUGCUGAAAAUGCACAUUUUCUGUUUCCUGAACUGCAUGGGGGAGGGUUUUCCAAAGGUGGUGCCACUACCAAGAGGGUCCACCAUCAAGGUAUUCUGUGAUAGCAUUCCACUAAUUUUAGCAAGACCAGCAAGGCCUGUAACAAGCUUAAAGUUUGACUAGGUAGAUCUAAGGAAAUGUGGUCUGCUAGGUAUCCUGGUCCCAAGUUGUUUAGGGCUUUGUAUGAUAAUAUGCUAACUUUGCACACAGAGUAGCUAAUUGCAAGGCCAGUGCCACCGAGACCCAAGUGAUAGAGUGGGCCAGGAAGGUACAGUCUGCAGUACCAAAAGACACCAAGAUCAACCAAAUAAUGGCUCCCCCCCCAUACACAGUGAGGAUUCUGCAUCUCUUUGGAAGUAUCCGAGAGUGCAGAAGGAUCCCCACUGCAGAAUUUCAGCUUUAAUGUAUAAAGGGCUGUAAGGAUAAUAAGGCAGUGGGAUUCAACAUAAGGUAGUGUAGGACCAAAGAAUACUAUGAAAGUUACAGAGAAUGUACCAGCCUCAUUAGAUAGGAUUGUAUGUUGUUCCCUUAACAGUUUUCCCCAUAAACUACCAGCACCUUCCAAUUUUCUCCAGGCAGGUGACUUCACAUUCUCAGAGGCAUAUCAACAAAAGGAUUAAUAACAACCCUUGCAUGGAGUAGGGGAAAAUGCCUGAGUCAAUUCUGAGCCAUAAGAAAAGCCAUGCUGGAUCAGACCAGUGGUCCCAUCCAGUCCAGCACUCCUUUCACAUAGUGGCAGACCACAUGAUCCCUCAAGCAGGAUAGAUAUCAGAGUUCCACCUGCCCAAACUCUUCAGGAUGUGGUAUACAUGGACAUAUUGCUUAUGAUAAUGAUAGUAGCACAUAGCUUACUGCUAUGAUAGCUUUAUUCAUGGAUUUGUCUAACCCUCUUCUGAAGCCAUCCAAAUUGGUGGCCAUCACUACUUUCUGCAGCAGUAAAUUCCAUGGUUUAAUUAUGUGCUUUUACACUUUAGUCAGAGGAAGAGUUAUGGAAAACUCACCACUAUUUUGUUACAUUUUGGUUCACCUUAUUCAGGUAUUGCUUGCAUGGAUUCUUAAACUUCUCCUAUGAACAACCUUUGCAUUUUGGAGAAUGCUGAAUUGAGCUUUAGAGCAGUGGGUGCUUUCACUGAAAUGUAAAAAUCUGCCACCUGAAGAUGGAAUUUUAGUCUGAGUUAUUACACUCAAAGUUACCUAA